UCUCCAAGGCGAAACAAAAAAUAAUCCCCGCGGUGUCGCUGUUUCUUUGAGUCUCGCGGACUCUUAUAGCAUAAAACCGCUACGUCACUUCCUUCUUCCUCUUCGACCACCGCCAUAGUCGGGAAAGGACUGUGGACAAAAUGUCGUCACACAAGACUUUCAGGAUUAAGCGCUUCCUCGCUAAGAAGCAGAAACAGAACAGGCCCAUUCCUCAGUGGAUCAGAAUGAAGACUGGCAACAAGAUCAGGUACAACUCCAAGAGGAGACACUGGAGGAGGACCAAGCUUGGCCUGUAAACAUGAGGUUCUGUGGAUCCCAGCAUCCCUUCAUCCCAACAUCUGCCAGGACCUCCAGCUGCUGGGCCUGGGCGUGUGGAGGGAGCCAUGCUAUCUGGAGCAGCAGUUUUGUACAGAUACUCUGGUUAUGCUCAUGUUUGACAAUAAAAGAUCUGUGAUCAAACUUGAAA